GUAAUGGACACGUGAGUGACGAUUUUUCAUUUACAUUCCGCAUUGACCGUUGCUUAACUUUCCUUUUCAUCAUUUCUCCCACUCAAUUCUCUCCUCUCCCGAUUCUCCUCCUCAUCGCCGAUCAUUUCCGAAACUCUCCGGCAAUUACUACCUUCACGGAUUGGUCGCCGAUCAUCUCAUCAAUAUUUCGAAUCCGAUUGGAUUUCAAUUCUCUCCUCCUUUUGAUUCUCCGGUCAACACUUCGAAGUUUUCUGGCAUUAAACAGAGCCGUUCUGUUUCUCCCCAGGAGAAAAAAUGGAGAUUGAAGAAGCUAUAAUGAGGCUUGUUCUUCGUUACCUCCCAGCAAAAUCCCUAAUCAGAUUCAAAUCCGUCUCAAAGAACUGGUACAAUUGGAUCAGUUCCCCCUUCUUCGCUCACCAACAAGCCACUCAUUUCACCAAAACCUCCGGCUUCGUCUCUCAAUCCGACCACCGUCUCUGCCCCUUCUUCAUCCCUCUCCACCGCCACUCCCACGGCGUUCCUUCCUCCACCCCCCUCUUCUUCCUCCCGGAAUCCUCCACCGUCAGAACCACUUCCCACGGCCUCCUCUGCUGCAAAAGCACUUUCGAAGACAACACUUAUUUCAUAACCAAUCCCACCACUGAACAAUGGACAAAACUCCCUGAACCCACUCUGUUUCACUCCUCUGCCACUGCCGUUGCCCUCGCUUUUACUCCCUCCACUUACAACUUCUACUCCCACUUCCAACUCAUAUGCGCUGUCCCUAUUGAUUCAGUUCAUGCUGUUUAUUUUGAAAUUUACUCUUCUAGGACCAAUUCUUGGAGACUUGCUGAUUCCCAAUACUUCUAUGAUGGUGAUGAUUUGAGCUUUAAAGGGGAUGGUUUGUUAAUGAAUGGAUUUGUGUAUUGGGAGAUGUCGAAUGGCAUCGUUCUCGGGUUCGAUUUGAAAUAUGAAGAACAUGGGGAGAUUUUGCUCCCUCGUGAUCUUCCUCGUCCUCACCAUGGAGCUCUAAUGGAGAUGAAUGGAGAGUUGUGUUACAUUACGGUAAUUACGAUGAAGAAUGACGACAAUGAUUAUUAUUGGUUGGUGGUGUAUGGCGGCGGCGGCAAUGAGAUGGUGUUGAAGAGAAGAAUUCCACUUCAUGAUCACAAUGGGGGUUUGAUGAUGAGAGGGGAUAUUGAAGGAGAGGUUAGAGUUUUGUCUUGUUUAAGUGAGGGUGCGGUGAUGAUUCUUGUGGGGAGCAAUAUGAUUCUCUAUCAUGUGGAAGAAAGGAAGGGGAAGUUUGUUGGAAAAGUAGGUCCGAUGGAGGUUGCCGCUGUCGAUGUCGAUGACGGUGGCUUGAGGUUUCUGCCGUACGUGAAUACCCUUGUGAGUGUGUGUCCAGUGGAAGAGAUGCCGCCGGAGGAUCAUGAGUUUGAUAAGAUUUUGAAAAGCAAGGGCAGCAUUGUUUAGGGUGUUUUGGGGUUGGAUAUUUGAUCAUGUAUGUACGUGUGUGUGAAGAGUUUCUCGUUAGACAAAUUUAAAUAAUAAUAUGUUUAACUAAAGUAUGGAUUAUGUAUGUGGAUUAAUAAUUUAUCACAUUGGAUUA